AGCCUUGAGCCAAAAGACAAUAGUUAUCUUCAACCGCUAAAACUCGUGAGGUUUUUCAACCUAAAAUUAAAAUUAAAACCACCACUGUCUGUCUCUUGCGGUUAGUAAUAAUCUGAGCUCAAAAUCUUUUGGCUUCAACUCCCAUCUUUCUUCAACGGUUCCAACCCCACUCAAUAUCUAAGAAUUUUGUUUUUAAAAGAGAAAAACAAAUGUAAAUAUAUGAUAAGAGUUGGUGAUGCUGCAAAUUGCAAUUGCAAAUCCUAUGUUUAAUAUCAAAUCCUGUGAUUGAAGAAUCUUCCAAUGUCACAUAAGGCUCUAGACUCACGCCACUCGAUAGGAUCAUGCACUUUCCAGCUCCAUUCGUGGAGACCUUUCCACCUCCAACAAACCCUAGACUCCUCCGAUCCCCAACAUACCCCGUCAAAACGCUCCUCCACAAAUGGCUUCCAUUUCAAGCGUCCUUGCCUUUCCGAUCGUACCACUUCUUUUUCCAUCGACCUCUCCAAGCUAACCCUCCUCGACGACGAUAGCAAUAACAACAACCCAAUCGCCGCCAAUCCAAAGAGAAGUGGCUGCAGGCUGUUCGCAAGGAAACGCCGCUGCCGCGGGUCGAGGUCUGUGUCCGGUCGGAGCUCCGAUCGAAGCCAGGCUCGAAGGUGCUGUUCUGUGGGUGCGUCGGCGGCGCAUGGGACGUGCUCGGAUUUUCCAGUGGCUGUAGGGACGGACUCGAGUGGGGAACUGUUUGGAAAUGGUGGGGAUGCUUAUUGGGCCUCAGAUGUGAGCGAGGCCCGGAAUUCCAGGAGGGAAAGAGGGGAUGGUGGGAGUGGAGAGAAGGAGAGUUUGGGCGGAGUUGGGGGGCAAUUUGGGGGCUUUGAAGCACAAGGGAAUGAAUCUGGGUAUGGCAGUGAGCCUGGUUAUCGUGGCGAUGGGGAGUUUGGGUAUGGGGAUGAGGUCGAUGAGGAAGAAGAGGACGCUCGCUUGUUGUUUUGGGGGGAUCACUUCGGAGAUACAUAUUCUAAAAUGGAGAUGGUUGGGGAGAACACAUUUUCUGAUCAGAAAGCCCAUCAUAGAUGUCGUCGCAAAAAACAUGAUUAUAGAAUGAUUGAUUCCGUGAGUUGAAAAAUUUUCCAAUUGAUGAGUGGUGACAUUCUUCAGGGUCUCUGCAGAGAUGCUUUCAUGCAAAUAUUCUACAAAUUAAGCAUGAAAGGUUUUGUAUGUGCGUUAACAUUGUUAACAAAUGUAGUAUUGAAAUUCAUGUAUGGUUGUCUACUUGGGCUGAAGUUGCUUUCUGAAGUUUUCCAAUGACACUUACGCCUUUGAUUGGAGAAUGAAAUCCAUGUACAAUUACAGAAGUGAAGUGAAUUUUUGUAUUUAAAGCACAGAUUGUGGCAACAGGCAAAGGGUAGAACUUAGAAGCUGUGUAUUACAGUGACCAUAUCAAUUUUGAGUGGUUGCAUUGCAUGGGUAGAACAGAAAGCAAGCAACAGCAGUAUUAGACCAGCAAAAGUUGCAUGCAAAUCUUGCAGUCCAAUUACAAAAUAUAUUAACUGCUGAAUUGUCUUUCCGCAAAGAGUAUGAAAUAUGCAUAAAUUGGU